AUGGCUCCUUCAAGGAAGAAAACCACGAAAGGCACCAAUAAGAAUUCCCUUAAAAGCAAAAAAGUGGACGCUUUCCUAAAGGACUUUGACAUGGAAGCCGAAACACGCCUGGAGCAGGUCAGCGAGGCUGGUGAGAGUCUCCAGAAGGACAUCAGCAACAUGUACAACAUGGAACUUCUCCGCCUUCCUGUGGCCCUGAGGGAGAUGAACUGGCUCAGUUUCAUUGCUCUAGGAGGAAGUGAGAAGGCUCUGGAGAAAGCCGCCUCGAUGGAUGUGGGCAUCCUGGAAAUAAAAAAGCUGGCCUCUGAGGCUAUUCACACCCCGCUCAAAACUGUCAAGAGAGCCAAGAAAGUCAAAAAGACCAUCGAAACCAUUGGCGAAGAGACGGGGUCGCCGGUGCCGCCCGCAGGCAAGAAGUUCAGGCAGGAGAACGAGGCUGCCGGAGCCCCGGAGCCCGACCCGGAGGCUCUGAACCAGAGACCAAGGAAGGCAAAGACAUCCGCCCAAAAGGCCCGAACAUCCAAGAGAAGCAGGCCUCCCUCAGCCAGGUCUACUCAUUUCAAUAAAAGGUCCAGCAAAGCGAACUUUGCCACCCCGGUCAGCCAGGCCGCCCAGAGCACCACCACCAGGGGCGUCACCCCUGCGGCGACUCCCAAGUUUGACUCCAGCAUUUUCAAAACUCCAGGCUUGCGGGCCCCUGCUGCGCAAGAGCGUGUGUUCAGCAUCUCUGCCCGUGGCAGCCCUCUAGCAGACAGCAAUGAGAUCUUCAUCACGCUUCCUGUGGGCGAAGGGGAGAGCAUCCGGCUGAGAGCCAGCGAGCUCUCCAAGAGGGACCUCCUGUGCCUGAACGCCGACACGCUGGGCAGCGUCAAGAAGAUGUCGACUCAGCUUCUACAUCUCUGUAGCACCAUGAAGAGCCACAAGUGAGCAUCGAUUCUGACCCGCCAGCCCAUGAUUUGGGCUCCUGGAUGGUGAGGGGGGAGCAGGACCCAGCCUGUGGCCGCUCCCUUAGUUUGGUCCUCAGCAGAACCCUCCCAGUCCUGAACGGCUUCUGUAAAAACGUGUUUUCUCCAUGUAAUUAUUAUGAUUAUUAUUAUCGUUUUUAUAAGGGUAGAUCCAGAAAGGUUUCAUGUGGGCACACUCAGGCUUCUUGUGUUCUCGCCCAAGUUGUUUAUAUUACGGUUUCUGGAGUGGCAGAGCGGCAGCCGGGGCGGCUGAGCCGUCCUCAUCCCCAGGGGGUGUUUUGGGGCAGGUGGGGUUUCCGUAGGGCAGGACCAGGGCGCAGCGUCUUCCCUGGCGCUUUCAGCUGCUGGCGGUUCUCUCUCCCAAGCGGUGCCUGCAGCGGAGGUGGCCGCGAUGACUCCUCUCAUGGCCACGAGGGGCAGAGGCUGACCACCCCCAGCCCCCCGGAGGAGCCCUCGCCUUGAGCUUUAAGGAGCCGGCGCUGUUUCCGAAGCUGGCCUGACAGCUGCUGCCCGCCACCAGCCGGCGCCAGAACUGGGGCGCCGUUUCCGCACUUGACACAAGAGAGCCGCUGGGGCUGCCAGCCGGCCGUUGCCCCUCCAUGCCCUGAUGGGGUCCGGAGGGAAGGCGCCUGCCGGAGCGGAACAGCCCUGGAAUGAUCCCAGCGGCGGCUUUGUCGUCCGGGAUUCCUCUCCUCCCGCUGCUGUUCUUGCCUCCUGGCCCCUGCUCUGGGUGU